AACACUGGAAACAAGACAGUGUGAGAGACACCGCCCUAGCCUGUAAUAUGUUGAUAGACACCCGUUUAAAAAUGUGCAGGUACAUUUUUGCAACACAUUUUAAGACUAAAAGCAUACAGUGCAAAUGGACAGGAUCUCCUGUCCUCGUCUUUUUACUUGUAACGUUACUUUCACUUCCAUCUGCGUCAUAUGGUUCUCACUCUUUGUCAUUGCUUUCAACUUAUAUUCAAGGAGAAACACAAUUUCCUAAAUUUAGUUGCACAACAACUCUGGAUGACAUCACAGUUGCAUACUAUAAUUCAGAGACUUAUUUUCCAAAAGGGAAUACGACGAAUGAGGAUGAUGUGAUUGAUUCAGAUUACAUAAAGGGUAUAAGUGACUACAUGUAUAACUCAUUUUUGAGACGAUCUGCACUGUUGAGAGACUACAGCCAAAAUGAGAGUCUUGAUGUUUAUCAGACACUGGUUGUCUGUGAGCUGCUGGAACUUGACAAGCCUGGAAAGAUGAUUAUCAAAGAUGCUGCUAGUGGCUACACCACAGAUGAGCUGUGUUACUUUAACAACCACUUUACUUAUACUGUGACUGUAAAUAUUACACAAGAAGUGCUCAAACCUCAAUUAGAAGAAUUUAAGCAGGAAUUUGCAAAGUUCUUUUACCCAGUUUGCAUAACAACUCUCAGGAAUUACCUCAAAAAGAGAGGAGGUCAAGUGAAUAGAAGGAUAACACCCCAUAUCAAGUUCACCCAGAAAGCAAACUCAGAUUCUGGAGGGUCUCGUGUGAGUUGUUUGGCUACAGGAUUUUAUCCCCGUCACAUCAACCUGACCCUGUUCAGAGAUGGGCAGCCUGUAGCUGAUCAUGAGAUCACUGGAGGAGAUCUGCUGCCCAAUGCUGACGGGACGUACCAGAUGAAGAAGAGUCUGGAGAUCAGUGCUGCAGACAAACACAAAUACACCUGCUCUGUCACACACCUCAGUCUGGACAACAAACUGGACAUCACUUUGGAGUUCGAUUUCAGUGAACCAUUUAAAACAGCGAUUCUCCCAGUGCUGAUAGUUUUGGCUCUGGUGUUGGUGUUUGGGACUGGAGUCAUCAUAUAUAAAUGGAGGAAGAGACGAGCAGAUUCACCCAGAAGUGGUUAUUCUGCUGCUUCUACAUCUAAAGAACAUGUCGAAACAACAACAUAAUCAAAUUAAAUAUCAUGCCUUGAUGCUACAUGGAUCAACAUCUUCAAACAAUGAAAAAAUGAGUUUCGACAGUUGCUUGGCUUUAUUAUGAAAUAACAACAUGAACAAUAUUGUUAGUUUAUGUAUGCCGUUUUAAUAAUUGUCCUUAAAACGCAUUGUGAUCUGCACACAUCAUGUUCGGUUAACACAAUCUGCAUGUUGGCAUCUUUGUGACAGAUGAAUUUGUGUCAAAAUACCAUAGAGUUUGAUUGGUCGCACUGCCUUUGACCUCGCAUUAUUGAAAGCUCACAUAAUUUGAACUCUUAACCUUAUCAGUGAUUUACUGAUGAACUGUGAGCCAUUUAACUCUUAGACGUUUUGCUAUUGAAUAGCAAAUUAUUAGUUGUAUAUUAUAAAGA